AUGGAUUUGGAUCUACUGGACCUGAACCCCAGAAUUAUCGCUGCAAUUAAGAAAGCCAGACUGAGGUCAGUGAAGGAGGUCCUGCACUUCUCUGGACCAGACCUGCAGAGAGUGACCGCCCUGUCCAGCCUCGAUGUCCAGCACGUGCUGAGAGCAGCCUCCUUACACCUGCGGGGAGGCAGCGUCCUCACAGCGCUGCACCUGCACCGGCAGAAGGAGAGGUUCCCCGAGCAGCACCAGCGCCUGAGCCUGGGCUGCCCGGUCCUGGACGGGCUCCUCCGCGGCGGCCUGCCCCUGGCGGGCAUCACCGAGCUGGCCGGCCGCAGCUCUGCCGGGAAGACCCAGCUGGCGCUGCAGCUCUGCCUGGCCGUGCAGUUCCCGCGGCGGCACGGAGGCCUGGAGGCUGGGGCCGUCUACAUCUGCACGGAGGACGCCUUCCCAGACAGGCGGCUGCAGCAGCUCAUCGCCGGGCAGCAGCAGCUGCGCGCGGACGUCCCCGGGGAGGUGGUCCGGAGGAUCAGAUUCGGCAGCCAGGUCUUCGUGGAGCACGCGGCUGACGUGGACACCUUGUUGGAGUGUGUGAGUGAGAAGGUCCCCAUCCUGCUGUCUCGGGGCAUGGCCCGCCUGGUGGUCAUCGAUUCGGUGGCAGCUCCAUUCCGCUGUGAAUUUGACGGCCAGGCCUCGGCCCCCAGGGCCAGGCGUCUGCAGUUGCUGGGGGCCACACUGCGCCGGCUGAGCUGCGCCUUCCAGAGCCCUGUGCUGUGCAUCAACCAGGUGACGGAGGUGGUGCAGGAGCCGGCUACUGUGCCCAGGCCACCGGGCUCCUGGGACGAGCGCGUCUGUCCAGCCCUCGGCAUCACUUGGGCCGACCAGCUCCUUGUGAGACUGAUGGCAGACCGGCUCCGGGACGAGGAGGCCACCCUUGGCCCGACUGGCCGGACCCUGCGAGUGCUCUUCGCCCCCCACCUGCCUUCCUCCUCGUGUUCCUACACGGUCAACGCAGAAGGGGUGCGAGGGACGCCUGGGACCGAGUGCCACUGACACGGUGGUGGCUACAGAACAGCCUGGCCAGGCCUGAGACUCCCCACCUGGCAGAGGCUGCCUGGGCCUGGCAUAGCCCCUAGCUCAGGCCCUCCUUCCCCACCCGGCACGGGCUGCUCUCCCCUCUGCCCGGCCUGCUGGGCCUCGGCGCUGGUUCCCACACGGCCUAGCCGGCCCUUGCGGAUGGCUGAUGCACUGGGGCCGGUAACCGGGGUGUCCACGGUGGCUCCCUGCUGCCCCGGUUCUGCUCUCCACAUUGACACCAACCAGGAGCCGGGUCGAAGCCUGUCCUGGGCCUGGGGCCCUGCCCGAAGCAGCCUCCCCUCCUCCAGGCAGGGUGGUCCUCAGUCUCCCUCCCAAAGCCCACCCUACUGCUCAGGCCACAGUGGGCUGCAGUCAGCUGGUUCCCCACGGGCAGACACCUCACCCCUAAGACCUGAGUUUAGUGCAUCAAGCCACCCUCAGGCUGCAAGUCCAGAAGGGGUGGGAGUGGGACGGACUGGACUUGUGCGUCACUCGCGCCACCGACACCACCGGCCCAAGGCGCACAGGCAGCCUCGGGGCUCUGCUGGGAAACUGCUGUGUGCAGAGAGGAUCUGAUUUGUAACCGAAGGCAGCGUCCUGCGUGUCCUCGGUGCCCCCAAGCCUGGCCCCAGGGUUCUGGAGGUCAGUGCAGCCCUGGCCUGGGGCAACAUCCACCCUGGCGCGGAUGCGGCAGGACGCCUGGCAGGGCCACUGCAGGCCCAGACCCACACUUGUGGCCAGGCCUUGUUCCAGCCAGAGAGCAGAGCCUCCCGGCAACAACAUCUGGCUGCGGACUCCGGAAUCUGACCAGAGACACAAGGCCCAGAGAUCACCGACGGGUGUGGCCUCUUAGGCAGGGCUGUGACCAUCUCAUGGAGUGCCUGGCAUGGAGUAGGCCUCUGAUAAAUAAACGGGCUAAGUGCGUGCAGUGGCAGCGCCUGACUCUCGCUGCUUGCGGGCAGUGCUCGGUAAUUUAUGCACACGGGCUUCAGUUCUCUUCACUGGGACUGAAGAAGGUACUGUUUCCGUGCCCCUGCUGUUAGGUGGGGAAACUGAGGCACAGGGCAGCCCAGUAGCUUGACUAUUCUCCUACAAGCCUGAGGCAGACGCUGGCCCCUAGGCUCAGCCUUCAGGGCACUCGCCGGCCAGGGCUGGGGUCGGCGCACUCCCGCGCCGCGCAGGUGGGUCCCGUCUGGGCCUGCGUCCAGGCGGGCAGCCCAUGUAACACCGUCAUCACAUUGUCAUGGCUCCCUACAGCCCCAGAAAUGUUAAUCCCUGGCAUAAAGAUAGCAAGAAGACAUUUUUGGGAUUGGAUUUUUAUAAAACAGCUUUUCUGCAAAUGUGCAGGGACUUUACACCAGAAAAUAAAACACUUUAUUUUUGUAAUUAAAUAUAAACAAUUCCAAAUGUUUUUCUAGGCAAGUUAUACCGACAAUUGGAAGAUAAAACUCCAGCUCCGAGACAGGUACAUUUCAUAGAAGACGUGCCUGUGAGCACAGCUGGCACCUGCCCUGGGUGAGGGGCCUCACCCUCCCAGCGGUGCCCCCACCACAGAGCCAGCAUGUCUGCAGGGGUCGGCCUCUAGGUCAUCCCAGGACCACGGGUCACCCGAGGAGGGCAGAGCAGAGGCCCACCUGGGGAGCCCUGGUCCCGCCCGGGGCCCUCAGGCCUCUCUAAGACCCUCCCUCGGGCCAUCUGCUGACCUCGGAGAGCUGCAGCCCUCGUAGCAUGACACACACCACCGCUGAAGUUCGUCCCCACAGAGUCGGGGAACUAACUGUCAGCAGGAGGUACAGACAUCUACGUGCCAGUCCUGAAACUGCUGGCCCAGCUGUGUACAGUGUUGCUAAUCCGGAAAGUCAGAGCCGGCUGCAGCCUUGCUUUGGUCAGUGCUGUUAGGUGCCACGUUACAGUUUUCAGGAAUCUGAGCAUAGGGCACACAUUGCUCAAAGUAAGUGCAAAUAUGAACUAACAGAUAUUAGUUUCACAUAUGUAACGUGCCUUCCAAGAAAACUCCACAAAGUUAUGACACUGGAAAACUCUGUUCUAGGAACUGUAAACAUAUAUCCUUAGCAACAUUUAAUAAAUUUUACUAUAAAUACUGAAUUUCUAAUAACAUAAUAUUCCUAGCAGCUUUCUAACCAAACAGUUAUUUUUAAUUCCAGAAAACCACUAUCUGAAUUCCUCCAAUGCUGUAAACACAAGACCAAGCACUGCCCUGGGCUGGCCUGUGCCUCAGAGACCCCGCGGGGCCUGGCGCCACGUCAGCUGCGCCGCUGGCCACAGCUCCCCAGGAUGUCCACCUGGACAGACUCCACUGGGCACAGUCGCUGGAGCCGGGACAGGACCCAGGACGGCAGGCACUGCUGCGCAGAGGCCACCUCGGCUCUCGCCCACCGCCUCUGCCGCUGGUCACGUGUACAUUUAUGUGACGGAAACCGCGAAGAAACAGGUGCUGGCUCUCGACUGGGGUCCCCUCAUCAGAAGGAAACAGGAGGGAUGGCCGGCCCGCACUUCUCUCCCAGGAUGUCCGAAUUCAGACCACCGGACUGGAAACGGCUUAGAACCCACUUCCUUUAUCAUGUCACCCAAGUUCAGAACCCAGAAACUGCAGCCUGCCACGCAGCUCUCCCCUCUGAAACCUGAGCUUUUCUUUUCGGCCUGGCUUCGUGGAGGCCACGGAGGCCGUCUGGCUUCUCUCACCCGGAACCUGCUUCUGUUCCCACAGCACCGCAAAGGCGACGCAAGCUGGGU